CGCACUCCGAGUGGCGUCGCGAGUCACAUACCCACAGGUCCUGCUUCGGGGCCGCACAUUCCUUCCCUCUCACGCUCUAGCUGUAUGCCAGCGAAGACGAUGGUCGAGCGCAGGUCGGGGGCCACAAAACGAUCUAGUAGAAUGGGACGUACGACGAAGAGCCGCAAGGGAUGCUCGUGCUUCGACCCGCCAGCACCAGAGACGAUCACGAACUGCCCCUUCAGGUGUCGGUCGGAAUAUCUCGUCUACAAGAAGUACUCGAUGUCGUUUCAAGACGUCUUCAAAUCCUUGUUCGACACUCCCCGCGACGACGCGCACCUAUGCUUCUAUGGCAAGACGCCCGCGGAGUCGAGAUGCAUACUUUGGGCAACCUGCACACACCCUCUCAAUGACGCGAAGAGAAUAAGUCCCCAAAUAUUAGGCUCCCUGGCUGAGCUCUUCUACCACUACGAGAUUGUACCGCUUCAACACUGGGCAGUCGAUGCCCUGCAAGAGAUGACCUCUUUCCCAAGCACACUACUUCACACCUGUUCCACUGCAGUCAUGGCCUACAUCUCCCGCGUCGCACUCCUAUACCGCCUCAAGCCCUGGUACGACCACAUUCUUAAGCACUGGAACAAGCGCCUCCUCUUCCCCUCCAAGCACCCCCUCCCACCCGAAGAAGCCAUCAUCUUCGGCGCGCAGACGGGGAACAUCACCCUCCAAGCGAACGCCUCCUACGCGUAUCUCAUCCACCACCUCCCGCGAAUAGCCGCAGACGCGAGGGCGCGCACGCUGCGCACCCCGUACCCCCUCAAACCGGUCAUGUAUCGGCAUAUCGUCGCGGGGUACCUGUCGCUGAGCACGCUGGCCGCGAAGCUGCGCGCCCGGCCGCCCGAAUUUGCGCGCGCGCCCGAGUGCGCGGAGUGCGAGCAUUGGAAGUGCCAACUCGCGUGGGCGAAUCGGUGGCGUACGCUCUUCACUGAGCCUAUGUCGCGCCCAGUCGUCGCCGACCCCAUGUCGCGUACGGUUCAUGGCGAACCCAUACCUCGCACAGUCGCGGGCGACUGCAUGUCCCGCACGGCCGCGGACGACCCCAUCUCGCGCCCCUGCGACGCCUACUCCGUGGACGUCAUCGACCGCCUCACCACUGCAUACAACACCCUGCGGCGCGAUACGCGUUUGGCGCGGCAGAUGAACGACGCGUGCCGCGAGGCGGGCAUUGCGGCGCUCAAGAAGGCGAAGACGGACGUGAUGGAGCAUCUGGAGCACCACUUUGACUUGUAAGGGCCACUGUGGUG